AUGCCCAGACGAGAAACAAAACAAAGCUCCAUCCCACCAGUUCCCGAGAGGCAACGCAAUUGCCUUUCAACCAUCUCCACAUUGUAUCAACUCAACUAUUUCCCGUCGCUCUUGUUGCGAUCAUUCCCCGCCAACGCUCUCUCUGGACGCUUUGCAAUCCCUCGACUGAGAACCUUCAACACCAAGACAGAAGCGCAUUCUUACUCCACCAUCAUGACGGCAUCUGAGCGAUCAGACUCUCCUUCGAAUCGCCCUCCACAACCCGUACUUGCUUCGCAGCGUGCAAAGCAGAAUGGCGAGAUCCCACCGAAACCCCAGUACUUUCCUCUGGGAUAUAAAGCUGGACUUAGUCAAUGGUGGACAGGCGUAUCUCCCGCGAUAGCAGAGCAUAACGUGCUUGCAUUCAUUCCACAUCUCAAAAAACCACCUACACAUACGCAAACUGGGUCUGCACCGGCAUCCGCGGCCCAAUCGACAACUAGCGUAAAUGCAGAUCCCGCGAGGGAGUCUACGCCCGUUAGAACAACUUCUAUAAAUGACCCCCAUGGUCCAAGAUCAUGGCAUUCGAAUUUGAUCAAGCUGAGCGGUCGCGAUCGAGCUCUGAAUGAGUUUUCCGUGGAGAGGGCGGGAGAGGAAGUUGAAGAAAACCUCGUAAUGUUACACGGAUAUGGUGCUGGUCUUGGUUUCUUUUACAAGAACUUCGAGGGUCUCAGUCAGGUUCCCGGCUGGAAAAUAUACGCUCUAGAUAUGCUGGGUAUGGGGAGGAGCAGUCGACCAACAUUCAAAAUCCAUGCGAAGGAUCAAGCCGGGAAGAUUGCAGAAGCCGAGAAUUGGUUUAUAGAUGCCUUGGAGGAGUGGCGAGUACUGAGGAAAAUCGACAAGUUUACAUUGCUGGGGCAUAGUAUGGGAGGAUACAUGGCAGUAGCAUAUGCUCUGAAAUAUCCGGGACGUCUCAACAAACUUAUUUUGGCCUCACCAGUCGGUAUACCAGAAGACCCGUACGCCAUGCAAGCUGAGAUGCCAGAGCCUCAAGACUCAACAAUGGCAAAUGAGUUUACGCAAGAUCAGGAGAGUGAUAUUGUUAAAGACAAUAACAAUUUAUUCAACGCAGAGGCGAAAGGACCGGGUAAGGAAGUCAAGGAGCCACCUCGCAAACCUCUACCAAAAUGGCUCACCUAUCUUUGGGAUGCGAAUGUUUCUCCAUUCAGUAUUAUCCGCUGGACCGGACCUUUGGGUCCACGAUUUGUUUCAGGAUGGACUUCUAGACGAUUUUCACAUUUGCCAGAUCAAGAAUCAGAGGCUUUGCACACCUAUGCAUACUCUCUCUUUCGUCAAAAGGGAAGUGGGGAGUAUGCGCUUGCGUAUAUCCUCGCACCUGGAGCGUUUGCUAGAAGCCCGUUAAUUCGAAGAAUCGCAGGUGUUGGUCGACAACCUCUUCACCCUCCCACAACACGAAAUACAUCAUCCACAAAGACGGCAUUAAAGGAGACUGGUAUCCCAAUCAUCAUGAUGUACGGUGAGCAUGACUGGAUGGACGUAGCAGGUGGAUUCGCUGCUGAGCAGAGGCUGAAGGAGGCGAGAGAGAAGGCCUUGAGUACAGCAACCGAAGAAGAGAGAAAAAAGGAGAAUGGAAGUGCCAAGGUCGUUAUUAUUAAGAAAGCUGGCCACCAUGUUUAUCUUGAUGGCUGGGAACAAUUUAAUGAGGUUAUGAAGGAGGAGAUGGAGGAGACUACGAAAGAAAUUAGAGCGCGGAAAAACUAG